UAUGAGUCCGGCUGGUAACGUGUACUAUGGUGUGGUUAUAUAUUAUAGCUACAGACUGUAGUGAGGGAAUUAUUGAUUAAUGAAUAGUAAUUGAACCUCCUCUCUUCCGUGUUCUUCUUCUCCUCCUUUGGUUUUCCUCUUUUUCUCAUCCUAUUCUUCCCGAUCCCCUCUCAAAUCCUACCUGUUGAUCCGUGAGACUAGGCAGGGCCUCACAACUGGUAUCUAGAGCCUCGAAUUCGCGUUCGUCUGCGCCCAAAUCCUACUGAUUCGGCGGUAAAAUUCCUCCGCGAAGGGUGCGAAAGGGUUCGCUGGGUUCGGAGCGGGCCGCAACGGCGCCGUCGAAGCCGCCACUUCCGUCCGCCCAGACCAAGCUGGUCAUCGCCGCCAUGGGAGAGAAUUCCGAGAGUAUUCAGGCGUCGCUGGCCGCCCUUCUCACCAAGAUUGAAGCCAUGGAUAUGAGGAUUUCCAAUUUUGGCAAACAGCUCGAGGCAACACAGGAGAACGUGGACACGAUUCGUCACCGGCAGGCGGAGGCGGGGGCUACACCGGCAGGGUCGGGAGUCACGGAGCAGGGCACGUUAUCGGCCACCCGCCCCGCUCCGCGGCUUGCGAAUCUGCAGCCGCCCCUCCUCGAGGAGCCGGAUGGACAGCCGGCGGGUCAGGUUUUCACCACGGCGCCCCCAUCACCUGUGGAGCCUAUGCUUGGGCGGGCACCACCACCGGAACCACGCCACGAUCCCAGGCCGGCGCGUGAACACGUUCCAGACCACCGUCGUGUGUUGGCACAGGAUAGAGACCGUGUCCAGUUCAUCAAGCCACCCAAGCACCAUUUUCCACGGUUCACAGGUGAGAAUCCACGACUUUGGAUUGACAUGGCUCUCACCUACUUUGACAUGUACCAAGUGCCUGUGCAUCAAUGGGUUUCUACGGCGACACUGUACCUGGAUGGACAUGCGGCACUUUGGUGGCAAGCAUUCAAGCAUCGUCGGCGUUUUUGGCCGUGGGAUGACUUUGCAGUUGAGAUUGAGUCAGAAUUUGGGCAAGGCGAGUUUGAAUCUCAUAUGACUCAUCUCUUACAAUUGAAGCAACAGGGCACUGUGACUGAGUACAAGUCCGCAUUCGAGACAGCGAUGUAUCAUUUGAUAGCAUUAGACCCUUCCUUGAACUCCAAGUUUUUUAUAUCCCAGUUUGUACUUGGACUGAAGGAUGAGAUCAGAGCAGCGGUACGUUUGCAGGCACCCACCAGUGUUACUCGAGCAGUUUGUUUGGCCAAAAUUCAGGAAGAAGAGCUAGAGAUACAGCGGCCUCGACAACGUUUUCAGAGACAGGCACCAAUACAGACCAUGCCUACUGCAAUCCAACCAGUUCAGCAAGCAGGGAAGAAAGCAGCUGAUGAUUUUGGUCGUGAGAGGCAGCUACGAGAUUUCAGAAAAGCAAAUGGACUAUGCUUCAGAUGUGGAGAUAAGUACAGCAAGGAACAUCAAUGUAAGAAGCCUCUGCAGCUACUUACUAUACAAGUUGGUGAACAUGGGGAAGUGUAUUCUAUUGCAGUGCAGUAAAUAAACUGAGGAAAUUUUGAAACCAAAAGGUAUCAGGUUCCCAUCC